AUGCGCCUACAAGACUCGCAAGAGCUCCUUCAUCGUCCCCAACGUUUCUCUCAGGAUACCACUACCGGACACCUUGAGCCCACUUCCUCCUUCAACUGUCAAGACCUCUCCGUCGCCAUUCACUUGACAAUGGCAAACCAAAACCACAUCGGUCAGGCAUCGGUUCAUUCCGACGGACUGUCAGACCACAUGGCUAGCAGCCGAUCUUCCACAAUCCAGCCCCACACCACGGUCUAUCCAGAGCUCGAAAGCCCUCCGUACACUGUUACAACCUUUGACCAGCAGCAUCAGAUUAACGAGACACAUCUGUUGACGCCCGUCUCCGGCAUCGGCUCGCCCUGUUUCCAGCAAAGUGCCAACUUGUCCCAGUAUCCCUCCGCGAUGACACCGAUGCAGCCGCAAGCGAGCCCUUGUGGCCCUUCAAGGAUGCCCUGGCACAACUCCAUCAACAUGAGCGCGGCCCAGAGUCAGGUUGGCUCUCCCAUGCCGCUUAACCCGCCAACUUCAGAGAGCCAUUUCGAGAUGAGCUACAUCCCGGCAGAACAAGACGAUAUGCCCACGCCACCCACAGACUACUACUGGGGUAGCUACUCGGUUUCCGCCCCGUCGGAGCCGGAACAAGGGUCUAUGUCGCCUCAGAUGUACAUGUCCCCUCAUACGCAUCACGUUAUACAACCUCAACCGAUGAUGGGCCAGAUGCCCCCGGAGCUGCCGAUGCCACAGCAUGCUCCUCCUUCUGUCCACGCGCCAUACUUCCCCCAGCAAAACCACAACCCUUGGGUAGAACAACCCGACAUCACCGAUUUCAAGACUACGGCUGCCAGGAGGCGCCAAUUUGGAUACUCCCUCCCAAGCACGCAGAUUGCUCGCCAGGAGCCCAAUGUGCAAGCAUCUGGGUCUUCGAGGCAAAGUCGUCCCCAGCCUGUAGGCCGGGUGCCGAGGCAAGCUCGUGUGAGGAAUCGGGCCAUACCACCCUCAACAGACUCUACAGCGGCCGUUGACAUUGCUCAGGUGCAGCUGGGCGGGCCCAUUCCUGAUCUUCCGGACGAUUUCGUCAUCAAGGAGAACUGUGACGCGCAGCACCGGUUUCUCUACCAGAGGCAGCGGGAUAUGAUAGUCGCGGGCAGGAAGGGGGACGGCAUGUGGGAUACAAUAAGGGCGGAGUUCAACGAAAGGUUUCAGGACGAGUCUAGCAUUCCUCGCCUGCAAAUGCUGCUGAAAAGAGGCAGAUACAGGGACCAAGUGAUGUCACCGAGAGAUGAACAUAUUGCAUUCAAGGCCUUUGGGUUUGUCUACAAACAGUUUUACCACAUCGUCGCACGUAAAUUCAAGGAAUUAGGCGGCGGCCGGACAACCCCGUGGGGCCAGACUGCUCUUGAGUGCUUCGCAGUCGACAAGGGCUUGGUAGCUGAGUCCUUCGCACCCGUGCCGAAUACUCCCCAGAGUGGUCCCCGGGUGAAGACGCGCAGGUUGAGAAAGAUCAGCAGCCGGCUCCAGUCCGAUGCCUACUCCAACGCCAUCCUCCAGGAGACAGAGAACAACGGCGGCGGGGUUUUGGAGCAGAACCCACGAUUGUAUGACCAGGUCAUGGAUGAAAUCGUCGACUACAGGGGCGAAGAAAGCGAGGACGAGGACAAGGAUGAGACUAUGCUUGGAAAUGACCAUCAGACCCGCUCGAAGGGAAAGAGUCGUCAAAGGGGGGUCAAUCUCGAAGACUCUCAGGGAGCGGAUGACACAGCUGGCAACCGUGCCAGCACCCGCACGGCUGCCCAGCCUAGGAGGGCACCGGCAAGGCCCAGGGCGAGGGGACGCUUCGCACCAAGAUCCAGAGCUUCUUGA